AUGACUCAGAAUCAGAAUUAUGUCGUUCCCCCAGGCUCUAAAGUUCUCGUUACCGGAGCAAAUGGCUACAUCGCCUCUCAUAUUGUCAAGGUGCUAUUAGAUAUCGGUUAUCUAGUCCGUGGGACGGUGCGAACGCCUAUGCCAUGGCUAUCCGAGUAUUUUGAGAAGGAAUGUGGUCCAGGACGCUUCGAACUCUCUCUAGUUCCAGACUUCCAGCAACCUGAUGCGUUUGGAGAGAGUGUAAAGGGUGUGUCGGGAGUUAUCCACGUUGCCCAAGGUUUACCCUCUAGCACGGCUGCAGAAACGGUGGAAAGUGCAACUGCCUACACUGUAAAUGGUGUCGUCAACCUGCUCAGAGCGGCGGCUGCAGAGCAUACAAUCAAGCGAGUUGUUCUCACGUCCUCUAUCGUGGCAGCUGGCUACCCAACAGGGAAAGGCUUCAAAUUAGAUACUGACUCAUGGGACAGAAGCCUGGAAGAACCAGGCGCUACUGUACCCAUAUAUCGGGCAUGUAAGAUCGAAGGCGAGAGACAAGCAUGGAAAUGGGUUGAAAAAAAUAACCCACAAUUUGAGCUCAACUCCGUGCUUCCUUGGCUGACUUUGGGCAAAAUUCUUCAUCCCAAUAUCGGCGGUUCAACUAUGGCAUAUGUCUCCGGAUUCCUCAAAGGGGAUACUACGCCGUUCAAAUUUCUACCACUUCCCUGGUUUGUGGAUGUGGCAGACACAGCGCGUUUACACGCGAUAGCUCUGUUUAGUCCAAGCGUGCGCUCAGAGAGACUCUUUGCUGCUGCUACGCCAAUCACUUGGGGUGACGUUCUUGAGAUUCUCAAAAUAAUUCAGCCCAGUAAUACUCGUAUUCCGGGCCCGCCUUUACAGGAGGAACCGACUCUAGGAGAGGUCGUUCCGGCAGCGAGAGCCGAGCAACUGCUGCGAGAGUGUUUCGGACAGAAUGGCUGGGUAACCCUCAGAGCCAGCUUGGAGGGUGGAAUUUCACAAGAGUAA